AUGUCAUCUCUACAUGAAUUCUUCGAAGCCGAAGGCCUCGUCGGCGCAUACCAGCCGGACAAGGGCCUUGAGCACUUGAACCACCCUUCUACCGACGAACCCCAAGGACAAAGUGACGAUAAUUACGAGGAUGAGGAUGAAGAUGAGGAGGAAGGAGAAGAUGUAGAAGAGUCAGUCCGGGAAGACAUGAACAAACUAGAGGAUACUUUCCCUGGCAUCUCAGACCGGUUUCGAUUAGUCAAUCGCAUUGGAGAAGGCACAUUUUCUACAGUGUACAAGGCAGAGGAUCUACUCUAUGAUCAUUAUCAUAACGAUUGGGAUGUGUUCCAGCAAACAGAACCCGAAGCAUGCGCCAAACCCCCAUCAAAACGACGACGCUUGGAUGGAGAACAGGGACGAAAGAAAGCUCGAUAUGUGGCAUUGAAGAAGAUAUAUGUCACAAGCAGUCCGAUUCGAAUUCAAAAUGAGUUGGAACUCCUCAACGACUUACGUGGCUGUCGAUCAGUAUGCCCUCUUAUUACAGCAUUUCGAUUCCAAGACCAAGUCGUUGCCGUGCUUCCCUACUUCCCACACACAGAUUUUCGCAUCCAGUACCGUACUUUCAUGGUGGCAGAUAUGCGUCACUAUCUACAUUCACUCAUAACAGCGUUGUGUGCAGUCCACGAAAACGGCAUCCUACAUCGAGAUAUCAAGCCCACUAAUUUCCUUUACAACCCAGAGUUGAAACAAGGUGUGCUCGUUGACUUUGGUCUGGCAGAGCGUCAAGGCUCUGAGAUGACUACCCCGUGCCUUUGCACCCAUCAGCAAUAUAUACGCCGUAAUAGAAUAACCACCAGCUACUAUUCUAAGAAUCAGAUAGGGACAGGGUUGGCGACCACGUAUCCCAAGAACGACUCCCGGCCAUCACGGCGAGCAAACCGGGCUGGCACGCGUGGUUUCCGAGCGCCAGAGGUUCUUCUCAAAUGUACAUCACAAACUACAAAGAUUGACAUGUGGUCUGUUGGUGUGAUUCUGCUGACCUUACUCGGCCGUCGAUUCCCCUUCUUCAAUUCGGCGGACGAUGUUGACGCCAUGAUUGAAAUGUCCAGCAUAUUCGGCACCCGGCGCAUGAAAGUAGCCGCUGGUAUGCACGGGCAAAUUUUUGAGACCAACAUCCCCACCAUUGGAGAGAAGGGCUACAGCUGGGAAAAGCUAGUGAAAUGGUCUAGUUGCGUGGAGGAUCUAACCGAAAGUGAAGAACAGGCAACACGCCUUCUUUCUGGAUUACUAGAGCUGGAUCCCACAAAGCGUCUCAGUGCCGAGGAAGCCUUGCAGCACGAGCUUUUUACCAACCCUAUUGACCACGAUAUGGAAUGGGGCGGUCAUACAGCUAGUGACAAUUCUGCAGACGAGGAUGAGGUGGGAGAAGGCGAGGCCGCUGAUGAAGUCACGAUGCUACCAAAUGAGACUCAGGCUGUGUGA